UGUCGGAGGUGCUCCGGGACGACGCACAAUCGUGAGCAGCUUACGACACUCAGUGAGCAGUAGGUGCCGGUGCAGGCUCGCGCCGCACACCGCCUGGCGGAGGGAAGGAGCCCGGGCGCCGCGCCCCGCGCCCCGCGCCGCCGCCGCCGCCGCCCGCGCCGCCCCGCCGCCCGCGCGGCACGAGCGAGCCCGCGCCCCGCAGCCGCCCCGGGCGCGCGUGGCCGGCGGUCCCCGCGGAGCAAAAGGUGGCGCCGGCCAGCGGUCCUUUCCAAUGACGGACAUUAUUAGCCGGGCUGUCAAAUCCUGGGGAGCCGCGAGCCCCGAGUUCGGUUUUUUUCUUUUUCUCUCCCUCCCCACAACGUCACAGUCCGAACUGCAGAGGGAAAGGACAGAGCGGCAGGAAGGCGAAGCCCGGCUCCCGCACGUAGUUGGGAAACUUGCGGGUCCUAGAAGUCGCCUCCCCGCCUCGCCGGCCGCCCUUGCAGCCCCGAGCCGAGCAGCAAAGUGAGACAUUGUGCGCCUGCCAGAUCCGCCGGCCGCGGUCCGGGACUGCCUCGGAAACACAGAGGGGUCUUCUCUCGCCCUGCAUAUAAUUAGUCUGCACACAAAGGGAGCAGCUGAAUGGAGGUUGUCACUCUCUGGAAAAGGAUUUCUGACCGAGCGCUUCCAAUGGACAUUCUCCAGCCUCUCUGGAAAGAUUCUCGCUAAUGGAUUUCCUGCUGCUCGGUCUCUGUCUACACUGGCUGCUGAGGACGCCCUCGGGGGUGGUCUUGUGUUUGCUGGGGGCCUGCUUUCAGAUGCUGCCCGCCGCCCCCAGCGGGUGCCCGCAGCUGUGCCGGUGCGAGGGGCGGCUGCUGUACUGCGAGGCGCUCAACCUCACCGAGGCGCCGCACAACCUGUCGGGCCUGCUGGGCCUGUCCCUGCGCCACAACCGCCUCCCGGAGCUGCGCGCCGGCCAGUUCACGGGGUUAAUGCAGCUCACGUGGCUCUAUCUGGACCACAACCACAUCUGCUCGGUGCAGGGGGACGCCUUUCAGAAACUGCGCCGGGUUAAGGAACUCACCCUGAGUUCCAACCAGAUCACCCAGCUGGCCAACACCACCUUCCGGCCCAUGCCCAACCUGCGCAGCGUGGACCUCUCCUACAACAAGCUGCAGGCGCUGGCGCCCGACCUCUUCCACGGGCUGCGGAAGCUCACCGCGCUGCACAUGCGGGCCAACGCCAUCCAGUUCGUGCCCGUGCGCAUCUUCCAGGACUGCCGCAGCCUCAAGUUUCUCGACAUCGGAUACAAUCAGCUCAAGAGCCUGGCGCGCAACUCCUUCGCCGGCUUGUUCAAGCUCACCGAGCUGCACCUGGAGCACAACGACUUGGUGAAGGUGAACUUCGCGCACUUCCCGCGCCUCGUCUCCCUGCACUCGCUCUGCCUGCGGCGGAACAAGGUGGCCAUCGUGGUCAGCUCGCUGGACUGGGUGUGGAACCUGGAGAAAAUGGACCUGUCGGGCAACGAGAUCGAGUACAUGGAGCCCCACGUGUUCGAGACCGUGCCGCACCUGCAGUCCCUGCAGCUGGACUCCAACCGCCUCACCUACAUCGAGCCCCGCAUCCUCAACUCCUGGAAGUCGCUGGCGAGCAUCACCCUGGCCGGGAACCUGUGGGACUGUGGGCGCAACGUGUGCGCCCUGGCCUCGUGGCUCAGCAACUUCCAGGGGCGCUACGAUGGCAACUUGCAGUGCGCCAGCCCCGAGUACGCGCAGGGCGAGGACGUCCUGGACGCCGUGUACGCCUUCCACCUGUGCGAGGAGGGGGCCGAGCCCACCAGCGGCCACCUGUUCUCGGCCGUCACCAACCGCAGCGACCUGGGGCCCCCCGCCAGCCCGGCCGCCACGCUCGCCGACGGCAAGGAGGGGCAGCCGGACGGCUCGCCCGAGCCGGCUACCGUGGCCCUCCCCGGCGGCGAGCACGCCGAGAACGCUGUGCAGAUCCACAAGGUGGUCACCGGCACCAUGGCCCUCAUCUUCUCCUUCCUCAUCGUGGUCCUGGUGCUCUACGUCUCCUGGAAGUGUUUCCCAGCCAGCCUCAGGCAGCUCAGACAGUGCUUUGUCACGCAGCGCAGGAAGCAGAAGCAGAAACAGACCAUGCAUCAGAUGGCUGCCAUGUCUGCCCAGGAAUACUACGUUGAUUACAAACCGAACCACAUUGAGGGCGCCCUGGUCAUCAUCAACGAAUACGGCUCGUGCACCUGCCACCAGCAGCCCGCCAGGGAAUGCGAGGUGUGACUGCCCCAGCGGCUCUCAACCCGUGCGCUACCAAAUACGCCUGGGCAGCCGGGGCGGCCGGCGAGCGCCCAGCUGGGGUCCCCUGUCUGUGCUCUGCUGUGCUCCUUGACUGAAACUCUAAGGGGAUCUCUCCCAGAGACUUGCCAUUUUAGCUUUAUUGUGUCUUAAAAACAAACAAAAAAAGAGAUCAAACACAACAAAACCCCACCCCACAACCUUCAGGACAGUCUGUCUUAAAUUUCAUAUGAGAACUCCUUCCUCCCUUUGAAGAUCUGCCCAUAUUCAGGAAUCUGAGUGUUAAAAAAAAAAAAAGGUACCACUCAUUGAUUUUUUUUUUUUGUAAACUAAAAAUGUUUAAAAUAAAAUAGCAUUUACAGUUUUUA